AUGGCGGCGUUGGCAAAUCUGCUACUGUGUUUACUUCUUACUGCCUUUUCGAAUGCCGCCCCGCCUCUAUUCGAAUCCGAGAAGAUCCAGCUGACAAAUGCUGACAUCCGCGCUCUUUCUCCAGCAUGCAAAGUGUACUCCAAAGACCCCGACUGGCCCUCAGAAGAUGCUUGGACAGCCCUGGAUGAAUUAGUUCACGGAUCCCUACUCCAGCCCCGUCCCCAGGCAGCACCAUGCUACCCAGACCCCGAGUACAAUGCAGAAGGCUGCGCAGCCAUGACAGCCAAAUGGACCAACUCACAUACCCACUUUGACGACCCCCUGGAGAUGAUGUCGCCCGUAUAUCAAGGUUUAACCUGCGUCCCGCCAAACAUCUACGACAGCAAAGGAUGCACUCAGGGUGGACUCCCACUCUAUAUCAUCAAUGCUACUACGCCAAAGCAUGUUAAGGCUGGUGUCAAUUCUGCCCGAAACACUGGAGAAAUUGAGUAUUUGGAGGAGUAUGUGGACGAGGUUGAGGGUUAUGCUGGGCCUGCGUUCAAGUGUGGUACCGGAGUGCAGGCCUUUGAGAUUUAUAAGGCUGCUCAUGAGAAGUGUAGAGUUGUCGUUGGGGGUGAGGGCGAGACUGUCGGAGUAAUGGGAGGCUACAUUCAGGGAGCCGGCCACAGCCCACUCAUCUCCCUCUACGGCACCGGUGCGGACCAAGUCCUUGCUUUCGAAGUAGUGACUCCAGAUGGCCGUUUCGUCACUGCAGACUCGACGCAGAAUACCGACUUGUUCUGGGCCAUGCGUGGCGGAGGGGGGAGCACAUUUGGCGUGGCUACUUCUGUCACUAUCAAAGCAUAUCCAGAUAUGCCCGUGACUGUCUCUCGAUUCAGUUUCAGCACGGCAAACAUGUCCAACGAGACCUUUUGGGGUGGGGUUAGAGCUUAUUUUGACUACUUCAUCCCAAACGCAGAUGCAGGGACUUACUCAUAUUUCCUCCUCCUUCCCAACGUGACCAACCUCGGUAUCCGUUUUGACCCCAACAUAACACAUUAUCCUUCUUUCUACCCCGCUUGGCAUUCCUCCUUUCCCCUCGAAGUAGUCUCCAAAGUCAACGUUACAUCUGGCUCACGACUCUCCCCACGCGCCAACUUCGAGGACCCGGAAUUGCUCAACAAGACAUUCUCCAACAUCAAACUUUCUUCGCAGACGAACCACUUCAUCGUCGGCUUCAACAUGAAAAACAUCUGCCCUUCCAAUCCGUCCAACGCCGUCAACCCCGCCUGGCGCCAAAACGUCUUCUUCUCCCUGCAGUCAGUCCGUUGGUCCCUGAACGCAACUGCGGCACAAAUCUUGGAGGCCAGAAAGGAGUUCUCGUACGGGACAAUGCAGCGCUGGAGGGAUAUUACACCUGGGGCGGGGAGCUAUCUGGCUGAGUCGGAUCGCCUGGAGCCCGAGUUCCAGCAGAGCUUUUAUGGAGACAAGUAUGAGAGAUUGUUGGAGAUUAAGAAGAGGUAUGACCCCUUGGAUGUUUUCUGGGCAGCUACUUCGGUUGGGAGCGAAUUCUGGGCUGUGGACAGUGUGGAUGGGUUGCCAAAGGAGAAUGGGAAGCUGUGUCGGGUUCAGGGGUAA